CCCGGUCAUGAAGUGCGGAGUUUGUGUUGUUGGGGUGAAUGGGAAAUUAAUUCGAUUCGUGAUGGAUGCGUGUACGGUCCUGCAUUCCCAUACAAUACAGGAUAAGGGGCGGCGGAUGUAGCUUCACUCUAUAUUGGAUAAGUACGGGAAGAGGCAAUAUUAAAAUUUGCCUUUACGAUAAACGACAUUAUGUGAUGUGACCUCGAUGAGAGAGGACGUGUGUUAUAGUGGUAAUAUUGUGGUAUUUAGUGAAAAAUGCCGUGCAGUGAGGACGAUGACUCGCAGACCGGGUUUGCGACGGAACCAACUCAAGGACUAUCGAAAGCAGAAUUACGAAAAACCAAUAAGCCGAUAAUGGAGAAGAAGAGACGUGCUCGCAUCAAUCAUUGCCUGAACGAGCUCAAAGAUUUACUCCUGGAUGGCUCUGACAAAGACCCCACCCGUCAUUCAAAACUUGAGAAAGCUGACAUCUUGGAGCUGACAGUGAAGCAUUUGCAAACGUUGCAACGGCAGCAGUUGGCAGCCGCGAUAGCAGCUGAUCCAGCUGUACUGCACCGUUUCAAGGCUGGCUUCGGGGACUGCGCCGUGGAAGUCCGCAGAUACCUCUCCCGAUUGGCCAGCGUCCCAACUGGCCUGAGGCAUCGCCUCGGUAACCAUCUCAACUCGUGCAUCAACGGGAUUGAGCAACUUCACCCGGUUAAAGAUUAUCCACCCCUCGUUCCAGACCCGUUGAGACUAGAUGACGAACGACCCAGUGCCUUCCACUUUGUUAGGUCUACUAGACCGAGCAGUCCACCUUUAAGUCCACUGUCAUGUGACUCAGCUUGCGACUCCUCAACCGAACUAGAAACUCCUCCAAGACCAGUCCAAGCAUUUCCGUUUCCAACACCACCGAGCAGAUCGGCUUCAGACCAGGAUUCUAGUCCCGAAACGCAAAAACCUACAGUGUCUUCAACAACUAUAUCACCAGAGACAUUAAAACAAGAGGCAUUGAGGAACAAGAAGUAUAUGGAACCGCUGUCCAUCAUAAUAGACGUAGAGAACUAUAAAAUAGGAAUCGAUGCGUCACCGAAAAGAGCAGUAGAUUAUUCUAUGAGGCAUAAACUAAAGAGACCUGCAACUGAAGUGACCGGGCCCGGUCCGAAGAUUAUAAAACUAGAUAACGAGAGAAUAGUCAACACUCCAGAAAGAAAUGUCUAUGGACGAACUUCACCGGAGAAGUAUUCAGCUUUUAAAAGGUUACCAGAGAGAAAAUUAACGAUUCCUGGAAGUAUACCGGCCCCAAUAGAAUUGCCAAAAUUAGAAAAUAGAGUAACAAUAAAACCAGAGAUUGUCGGUGUACCAAGGUCGGUGAUAAGCCAUACAGCAGAGUCAUUGGCUCAGUCUUCAAGUACCAGAAAGGAGGAAAAGCUAGAAAUUAAAAUCGAAGCGGAUACAAGUUCGAGAUCUCCUGGUCAGGGUACGUCCAGUAGUACAGAAAUGUGGAGACCUUGGUAACAGUUUAUUUGUACAUUAUAAAUAGUUAUUACAAAAUGCAGCUUUAAGUAUUUACCUGUUCGGUAUCUGUUUUAUUUUCGGUAUAUACAAUAUUUUUAAGAUUUGUUAUAAAAGAUUUAUUUUUACCCUU